AUGGACAGAUUCAUGCAAGAGUCAAAGUUGCCGAGUAGCGUAGAAGAAGCAAUACAGCGUGUACGUGACCCAAAAGAAGACUUUGCCUAUAUCGACGACGCUACAGUAGUGAAAUACGCAGCGUACACAGAUUGUCAGCUAGAACAGAUAGGCACGGAGUUUUCUCGCAAACCAUAUGCAAUCGCUGUGCAGUCUGGACAUAUUCUGAAAGAUCGGAUAUCCAGCGCCAUUCUGAAACUUCUCAAUCAAAGAAAACUCGAAACUCUCAAAGAAAAGUGGUGGAACAACAAUCCAAACAAGGCAAUCUGUGCGGAUACGAGUGAUGAAAGCGAUGGCAUCUCUAUCCAAAACAUUGGCGGUGUCUUCAUUGUUAUCCUAGGAGGGAUAGUGAUCUCGGUGAUAACACUCUGUAUUGAAUAUUUUUAUCAGAGAAAAAGCAGUGUACACGAUCUCGAGAAUCACAAUGACGUUGAGGAAAGGAAAGAAACUAAUGGAGCGAGCCUUGCGUCACUGCGUUAUCAUAACAAUUCCAGCGGCUCUGCAAAUCACAACAACCACGCCACAUCUUUCGCUGCUGACAAUGCGGGAUUUCAGUAUUAG